CAGCCGACCCGCUGACCCGGGCUCCGUUCCCUCUGUCCGGCGCGCCCCGCGGCCGGCUGGAGGCCGAAACAGCAGCAGUAUUAGCAGCAGCAGCGGCCGCGGCUGCUCCGCCGCCGCCGUCUCCGCGGGAGCAUGGAGUGCGCCCUGGACGCCCAGAGCCUGAUCAGCAUCUCCCUGCGCAAGAUCCACAGCUCCCGGACCCAGCGCGGCGGCAUCAAGCUGCACAAGAACCUCCUGGUGUCCUACGUGCUCCGCAACGCGCGCCAGCUCUACCUGAGCGAGCGCUACGCCGAGCUCUACCGGCGCCAGCAGCAGCAGCAGCAGCAACAGCAGCAGCCGCCCCACCACCAGCACCAGCACCUCGCGUACGCGGCGCCGGGCAUGCCGGCCAGCGCGGCCGACUUCGGCCCGCUCCAACUUGGCGGCGGCGGGGACGCGGAGGCGCGCGAGCCGGCAGCCCGGCACCAGCUGCACCAGCUCCACCAGCUCCACCAGCUGCACCUCCAGCAGCAGCUGCACCAGCACCAGCACCCGGCACCCAGGGGCUGCGCGGCAGCGGCGGCCGGGGCGCCCGCGGGCGGCGCGGGGGCGCUCUCGGAGCUGCCCGGGUGCGCCGCGCUCCAGCCGCCGCACGGCGCGCCCCACCGCGGGCAGCCCUUGGAGCCGCUGCAGCCGGGUCCUGUGCCGCUGCCGCCGCCGGCGCCCUCCGCUCUCUGCCCGCGGGACCCUCGCGCCUCUGCCGCCUGCUCCGCGCCCUCCGCGCCCCCAGGGGCCGCCCCUCAGGCCGCUGCCGCCGCCUCCCCCCCCGCCUCCCCGGCCCCCGCCUCCUCCCCCGGCUUCUACCGGGGCGCGUACCCGACCCCCUCGGACUUCGGCGUUCACUGCAGCAGCCAGACCACCGUGCUGGACCUGGACACUCACGUGGUGACCACGGUGGAAAACGGCUACUUGCACCAGGACUGCUGCGCCUCCGCCCACUGUCCCUGCUGUGGCCAGGGCGCCCCGGGUCCAGGCCUGGCGUCCGCCGCCGGCUGCAAGCGCAAGUACUACCCUGGCCAGGAAGAGGACGACGACGACGACGACGACGCGGGCGACCUGGGGGCCGAGCCCCCCGGGGGCGCCCCGUUCGCCCCCUGCAAGCGCGCCCGCUUCGAGGACUUCUGCCCGGACUCGUCCCCGGACGCGUCCAACAUCUCAAACUUGAUCUCCAUCUUUGGCUCGGGCUUCUCUGGGCUGGUGAGCCGACAGCCGGACUCCUCGGAGCAGCCGCCGCCGCUCAACGGGCAGCUGUGCGCCAAGCAGGCGCUCGCCAGCCUCGGCGCCUGGACUCGAGCCAUUGUCGCCUUCUAGGGACCCCCGAGGGCACGGGGACCUGGGGCCCCGCGGGGCUGGGGCCAGACAAAGACUCGGCCAAGGGGCGAGAGGAAGGAACGAACGGGCGCCCGGCCACUCGGGGCUGAGCCGGGGGCGAGUAGGGGGAGGCGGCUGAUGUUUUAUAAAUUGUAAAAUAAAAAAAAGAAAUC